AUGCGCAUCUUGCUGAUUAGGCAUGGCGAGUCUGUUGACAAUGUAGCUGGCCUCUAUGCAGGCUCCCGCGAUUCGCCCUUAACAAAUCAUGGUGUUUUGCAAAUAAAGAGAUUGGGUGCUCACCUCGCGAAGUCUUGCGAAACUACUUCCCCAAUCAAGUACAUAUAUACCUCCAAUCUUCAAAGAGCCUAUGAGACAGCCGAUGCUAUAUCUAAAGCUAUUGCUGAUACCCGAGACUCUUCAAGCGGUAGUGCAUCGGACACAUGUAUUCCUCUGGAAGUCACACAGCUCCCUGAGCUACGAGAGAAGGACUAUGGGUCAUCUGAGGGCAAAAAUUACAGAAAUCCCAAUGGUCUGAUUCAACCAGACUCGGAAACUCCCGAAUCCAUGAGAAUCAGAGUCGAUCGAUUUCUGGAUUCCCAUUUAACCCCAAUUGUUGAUACUCAUGUGUCCGACAAGAUCACGGUUGCUAUAGUAGCACAUGGUAUUAUCCUCGGUGUUCUAUUGAAAGGAUUGCUUAAACGCUUUCCUGGCCCAGCCGGUUCUGCAGCGCGCAAUGGAAACCAUGACAACUGGUCGGAGUCCGCGGCUUGGAGCAACACUGGUGUACUUCAGGCUAGGCUUGAAAUAGCCAAUAGUGUGUCGGAACCGGACCGCCCAAGUGAUGCCGUGUCCUCUGUCCGUUCAGCGGCUCCGAGUGGCGAUUCGAAUCUGCAUAGACCGACGAUGCGUCUAACCAUUGAGUUUAUCAAUAAUGUUGAUCACCUCGAGGGUCUGAAAAAGACGAGAGGUGGCAUUGGUAGCACUAAAUUUGACUCACGCCAAAGGACUAUGGACUCGUUCUUCGGUCCCGCCUCAAAGAAGCGUAAGCUUGGAGACUCGUAG